CCAUGGCCCCAUGGCUGAUCGGUGUGCCGUUCGGUCAGUCAGAAGCUUGGCUCUAUGAUCCGUGCUUAGUCUGCCAUUCCUAGUUUCAUUCUACAACCAAUGACCGUUAUUGCGGCGCGAUGGCUUCAAGACGGUUGCGGCCUCAUUGGCUGCAACGAUCACCGAUGGCGAAGCUACUGCGAUUCCUCCGAGUUCCCUCGUACCUAUUCCUAAUUCUCUCAGCAUCCGCGGUUGCAGCUGCCACUCUUACCACCCGCCAAUCCAAUCAGCCGUUUCCCGCCUUCCCUAAUCGGCUUUCUGCCCUUCUCAACAAUUCGCGCGAGCCAUACCGCGAGCGCCGCAGACUCGUGCUGCCGUCGCAUCUGGCUCGCCCGCACUCCACGGACGACACGGACCUGCCGUGCGGCGACAGCUGGCAGCGCAACUACACCGCCUUCCACUCCGCCGCCCGCGCUGCCGCGCGCGAUCCGUCGGGGCGGGAGCAGCAGAAGGCGGAGCUGCGGUACCUGACGUUCACGUGCACGCCGGGGCUGUGCGGGGGCAUCGGGGACCUGCUCAUCGGGCUCGUGUCGUCGUUCCUGCUCUGCCUGCUGCAGGACCGCAUCCUCAUCAUCGACUACCCCUGGAUGGACGACGCCUUCGAGCCCAGCCACGUUGACUGGCGCCUGGGAGACGAUGUGCCCAUGGAGCCCGCCAGGGCGUUCCCCCCGGGCCGCCGAGACAGGCGCAGGCGCGGGCAGGCAGACCCGAACGAGGUGCAGCAGGGGGAGGUGCUGCGCGUGAACAUGCACAACGCGGACCUGCCGAGCAACGUGACAGCGUUCUUCGAGCGCAUGAGCGAGGCGAGGAACGUGCGGCUCAUGUGGAACCGAGGGCUGCUCGUGCGGCUGUACGAGGAGAACGGCGCGUGGUGGCACGAGCUGCACAGACGAGGACUCAGACUUCCGUCUGCGUUUGGGUGCAUCCUGCGGUACCUCAUCAUGCCGAAGCCAGCAGUGCGGCACAUGGUGAAGGAGGGCAUCGCACGGUUGACCUACCCGGGGACGGCGUCCAUCUGUAUCCAUGUGCGCACCAGCGACAUCUCCACGUGGGAGCAGCCGAAGGUGGGCGAGAAGGUCAAGCCGCGCAAGGAGAAUGUCAAGCGCCUGCUCAAGGGCUCCCAGCGCCUCUUCGCCUGCGCCCAGAGGCUGGAGGACUACUGGUAUUCGAGUGACGCGCCUGGCAUGUCAGUCAAAUGGGUGCUCAUGAGCUCAUCUCUCGGACUGAAGCAGGCUGCUCAGAGGAAAUAUGGCAGCAAGGUCAUGACAACCGAUAUACAGCCCCUUCACAUUGAGCUUCAAGGCUUCUCAGACGAGCAGAGAGCAGAAGCGUUCCAAUCCACCGUGGCAGAGUGGCUGCUGUUUACACAUUGCAACCAUUUUAUCUUCACAGAGUCAGGUUUCUCCAAGACAGCAGCACUCUACUCAUUGAGAAGACUAUCAGCCCACAUGAUGGCUCGAUGGGCUGACUCGUGGAGAGACCACUCUUGGAAAGAUAAAUGUGACCCGGAGGAGCCCACCAGGAUUACGGUGCUGGGAAAUACAACCCGUUGGAGUGGGAUUUAGGACAUGCAACGACUACUCUAGAAGCAUACCGUAUUAACAGUUCGUUUGUUCGCAUGAAUAAGAUCCUUCUCGGGAAGACUGAGUACAGUUCCCGUUUCUCGGGUCG